CUUAAUGCUGCUUUUGGUGGCUCUCGCAACCUCCUCCCUCGAGCGUCGCUGUCGCCCAGACGACGAGCAACAAUGUGCCGCUGUCUCCUCUUCCAACCCGGUUUUCCUUCGAUAGAUUCUCCGUGCUUAGCUCUCUUUCUAGCCGUUUUCUUCUUCUUACUUCAUGCUAUUUCUUUACAUGGCUCCUCAUCCAGUUGACAAACAGUUGCGCGUCACCUGUUCGACGUAAUGCUCGAAAAAACAAGGGAUGCCAUUUUGCUGCUUCAUAUUCACAAAUUGACAGUGAAGAACUAUAUUUGAAAGGCAUCUUGCUUGUUCCAAUGUACAGAGGAUGAUUGACUUGACAUUCUGACUGGCUUUUUGGAUAAAUACUCUGAAUCGUCGAUGCCAAACAUCAUCUGCGUUGGGGUUAACCUAUGGAGGUAUUCGUAGUCGUUGCCAGAGGGAGGACACAUACCAGUAGUGCAAUCGUGGAUGGAUAAAGAGCUAAGACGGAGACUUUCAGAUAGUGAACAUAAAUUGGGAUUGUCCAUGCCCAUUGAAGAAGUAAAGGAAAGAGCUGCUCAACUUCAAUCUGAGGUUACAUCUUUAGAAAGGCACAUGAUUCUUGCAAGUGGAAUUCAAGGCAUGGAAGGAUUUCAUCAGCGCUGGAGUUUGCAGGGACACCUUGAGGAUACUGAAAGAAGAUUGGAAGCUUUAAACCAGGGAAUAGAAAAGAGGAAAGUUAACAUGAUCCAGGGAGAGCCUAAACGAGAUCCAGUUAGAAAGAAAUGGGUUUUUGGGCAGAUUUCGUUUGCUCUCUUGUUAUUUCGAGUAAGUAUAUAUCAAAGUACAUUUUAACUUUUAAGAAAUUAAUUUAUGUUUUGCCUUCGAACUGUUUCUAAGGCAAAUAUAUCUUCAUGAGACCUCUACAUCAGUUCAGCUCAUGACCUUCUGCCUCAUCUAAAAACAGUUAUUUUUUACAUGUAUCUUAUUAGAAAAAAAUUCUUGCUAAAAAUGAUUAGUAUCCUUAUAAAAAAAACA